UUAAUUUUAAUUUAAUUUUUUGUUUUUCGGCUGUGGACUUUAAUUAAAGAAUAACAACAGCUCCAAAAAGCGUAUUUCUCUUAAAGUUAAAAAGUCUGGACAGCAGAAUUUCUCUGUGAAUACAAAAACCUUUUAACUGCAACGAAUUUUUCUGUGACAAAAUCGGUUUGGUAAUUAAAAUGCUUUUGAAUUUAAAGCCCUGGCUGUAGAGCACAGUAAUGAAUGCAGAACUUUGACAUUAUUUCAACGUAAGGUGUAAAGCCUUAAACGGUUUAAACCAAAUGUAAAGUAGUACGUUAUCAGAGUUAAGCGAAGUUCAUGUGAGCUAAAGAGUCAAUUUAAACUCAGUAUAGCCAUGAGGGUUUCGCGCUCAACUGAGCAUGGCUUAACCGGGGCAGAAACAUCCUCAAAGUGCGCCAGAAUCCGGAAAGUGUUCCAAAAGUUAUGCAUACCAAUGCAUGCAAAACUGGAGCCCCGAAGGCACUUAAACUGCAACUAUCUUGUGCAAACUUUUCAGCUUGAGGCCCGUGUGCUUGUUGCUCGAAGGAUUAAGUCGGGUCCCGUGUCCCAAACUUUGCUUUAUUUCGAGAAUUUUUGAAGCAUUUUAAUUAAGUUGAUUAUGCUGACAGGCAGCUUGUCGGAGUUUAGGGGCUUUAUAGAUUCAUCCCACAACCAAAACAUCCAUUAGCAGAAAUGUUUUCGUUUCUUAUAAUUUCAAGACGGCAAAGACAGCAGGGAAGUCCCAUGAGUGCAUUUGGAAACUAAAUGAGCAACUGCCGCUGUAGCAGCCACAAAAACAAAGAGUCACCCGUGUCGCACGCAGACGGAAAAACAAGAACCGACGACCAGGAAGAACAGUACGAUACUAUAUAGCGGAGAGAUCCCCAGGGCGGAGGAGACUGCCAGAGCGAUACGAUGAUAAUCAGCAUGAAUCAGACGGAGCCCGGGCAAUUGGCCGCCGCGGAGCACCUGGGCGGCUAUGCCAGCAGCAGCAACAGUGGCCGCUAUCUGGACGACCGUCAUCCGCUGGAUUACCUGGACCUGGGCACCAUCCACGCCCUCAACACCACGGCCAUCAACACCUCGGACCUGAAUGAGACUGGGAGCAGGCCGUUGGACCCGGUGCUCAUCGACAGGUUCCUCAGCAACAGGGCGGUCGACAGCCCCUGGUACCACAUGCUCAUCAGCAUGUACGGCGUACUGAUUGUAUUCGGGGCCCUGGGAAACACCCUGGUGGUCAUCGCCGUGGUCCGGAAGCCCAUCAUGCGCACUGCCCGCAAUCUCUUUAUCCUGAACCUGGCCAUUUCGGACUUGCUUCUUUGCCUGGUCACCAUGCCGCUGACCUUGAUGGAGAUCCUGUCCAAGUACUGGCCCUACGGCUCCUGCUCCAUCUUGUGCAAAACAAUUGCCAUGCUGCAGGCCCUGUGCAUUUUCGUGUCGACAAUAUCCAUAACGGCCAUUGCCUUCGACAGAUACCAGGUUAUAGUGUACCCCACGCGGGACAGCCUGCAGUUCGUUGGGGCGGUGACGAUCCUGGCGGGGAUCUGGGCCCUGUCCCUGCUGCUGGCCUCGCCGCUGUUCGUCUACAAGGAGCUGAUCAACACGGACACGCCGGCCCUGCUGCAGCAGAUCGGGCUGCAGGACACGAUCCCGUACUGCAUCGAGGACUGGCCGACCCGCAAUGGGCGCUUCUACUACUCCAUCUUCUCGCUGUGCGUCCAGUACCUGGUGCCCAUCCUAAUCGUCUCGGUGGCCUACUUCGGGAUUUACAACAAGCUGAAGAGCCGCAUCACCGUUGUGGCUGUGCAGGCGGCCUCCGCCCAGCGAAAGGUGGAGCGCGGCCGGAGGAUGAAGCGGACCAACUGCCUCCUGAUCAGUAUCGCAAUCAUAUUCGGCGUCUCCUGGCUGCCACUGAACUUCUUCAACCUGUACGCGGACAUGGAGCGCUCGCCGGUCACCCAGAGCAUGCUGGUGCGCUACGCCAUCUGCCACAUGAUCGGCAUGAGCUCCGCAUGCUCCAACCCGCUGCUCUACGGCUGGCUCAACGACAACUUCCGUAAAGAAUUUCAAGAACUGCUCUGCCGUUGCUCAGACACUAAUGUUGCUCUUAACGGUCACACGACAGGCUGCAGCGUCCAGGCGGCCCGCAGGCGCCGCAAGUUGGGCGGCGAUCUCUCCAAGGGCGAGCUGAAGCUGCUGGGGCCGGGCGGCGCCCAGAGCGGCACCGUCGGAGGCGGCGAGGGCGGUCUGGCGGCCACCGACUUCAUGACCGGCCACCAGGAGGGCGGACUGCGCAGCGCCAUCACCGAGUCGGUGGCCCUCACGGACCACAACCCCGUGCCCUCGGAGGUCACCAAGCUGAUGCCGCGGUAAAGCACAGGGUAGCUCUUAAGGUCCCCGAGGUCCGGCUGUUUGUCCACGGCCGUAACCGCCCACCUCCGCAGGACACACGCGUGCAUGUCCUUCUGUGCGCCCUCGGGCUGAUUGGAUUUGCAUGCUCCAAGCGCCGCUGCUGCUCCCUUCACGUUUCACUUGUUCCAACUGCAACUGCCAUUUCCAGAGCACACUGAGCGAAAGGGCGUGUCCUUAGGUCGGGGAAGUUAGGGUACACAGUUCCAUAAGACUUACUAUUAGGUUGUUGAUCUUGGGGGACUCGCGCGAAAUUAAAAAUAUAUUUCCAUGUCCCCUUAAAAGGAUUGCUUCUUUCAACUUCGAUAGGUUUCAAAGUAGAUAUCAGUAUUUUUGGGUGAUUCUUUUUUAAGAAUAAUUGUUUUUAAUGUUUAAUAAUGCCGCUAUAGACAUGGAAUUUUUAUGAUAGUUCUAUAAUUUUAUUAGCGAGGACUACGAAAUCACUUUUUUUCUAAAGGCGAAACCCUUUUAAGUCUAAACAGAAUCUAAUAAUUGUGGUCUAUAAAAAUUCAUUAUCUUUGUAGUCUGAGUAAUUCGUAUUGAAAUCAGUAUUAUUUUCAAAGUUUUUACUUUCAUAAAUGUGUAAAUAAGUUAAUUACAAAUUUGUUAGAGGUGCAUAUAAACUAUUGAACUCUGUAAAAACUUAUUUUUCCUAUAAACUUUUAAUUCCAUACCUUAUGUACUUUAUACUUUAUGAUACAAUCAAAACUGUCGCACCCUAAACAAUUUCAGAGUUGAUGUUUAUUUAUCGACUCCUGAUUUAUGGGUUAGCCCAGUCCCGGUCGUAUUUCAUUAAAUCAUUCUUUUUCUCAGUGUUUGCAUGCGCUUCAGAAUUCCUUUUAUCGUUGCCUUGACGAGCUGUAACUCUUGUCGUUGCCGUGUUGUGACAUUUUUUGCCUGGAGCAACCAUCGAUUAUGACCUAGCUUUUUGUGACACAUUUUCAGUUUGGAACAGUACUAAAUUGGCAAUCAAUCCUGGAGCAGCGGGCGGCUGGAGCGGCUUUCGAGUGAUGCGACUUCCGAUUCGCUCUUAGAAUUUACAGAAAACACAUAUUGUCCAGUGAUCCUAAGCCAAGCUGAGUUACACCUAAGUUAAGACACAACGAGUUUAGCCCUCGAAGCCUGUAAUCUAUUCCUAAACGAGCAUCUCAUCGCAUCCAUCAUCAACGUCGGACUAAGUCUAAGUUUGAUGACUUUCAUAUCGAAUGCCGGAAGUAAUUGAUUGAGCCCCCAAUUGGAUUUCGGGUAUUUGAUAAGUCGAAUACGCCUAAAACCUCGAAUAAGUUCCCUUUAAACAGUUCCUAGGAAAUAAUUUCGUUCUUCUCAUAGCUACGUCUUGAUAUCAUCUAAGCUUAGGAUUAGUAAUAAUUGAUGUUCUGUUUGCUAUUCUCUAAUGGUAGGUUAACUUGACUUCGCAUAAGUGAAUCUAAAUUAUAGUCCAGAAUUGUAAAAGAUAACUUAAAAAUAAAUGUCAGCAGCUCUAAACACACUUUUAAUAAAUGUUGUUUACAAG